AACUUUCCCAACCCUUCCGCGUUGGGUGUCCGAGGCCGGAAUGGAGUCGCGCGGCAGCUAAGUCGCGUGCGCCAUUAGUGGGAUCGCGAUCGCCCACCUUUCCACGCUUCGCGGUGACUUUGCGUCUUCGUUUGAUUCCCGAAUCGUUUAGGCAAUCAUGGACGAGUCGGAGAUGGAACGCGCCGCGGCCUUGCGCAAGAAACGCACUUUCCGCAAGUUCACGUUUCGCGGCAUUGAGCUCGAGAAGCUGUUAGACCUCAACCACGAGGAAUUCGCUAAGCUCAUCCACGCUCGCGCCCGGCGACGCAUCUACCGCGGUCUGAAAUCCAAGCCCAAGCGCUUCAUCGCACGCCUUCGCAAGGCCAAGAAGAACUGCGGGCCCAUGGACAAGCCCGAGCCCGUGAAGACGCACCUGCGCGACAUGAUCAUUGUGCCCGAAAUGAUCGGCUCCAUCGUCGGUGUUUACAACGGCAAGGUCUUCAAUGGCAUCGAGAUUAAGCCCGAGAUGGUCGGCCACUAUCUCGGGGAAUUCUCGAUCACAUACAAGCCGGUGCGCCACGGGCGCCCGGGCAUCGGGAGCACAAACAGCUCCCGGUUCAUCCCUCUCAAGUAGGGACCUGCCGAACGUGGGAAGCUUGACGCACCCAAGCAUUGGUUCCGCCGCCGUGUACUCCAGGCUAACGUAAGCGCCCCGUGUGUGCGGCCUGCUCCGAGCAGCGGCUCUUCUGGGCCGCUGUGCGUGUAUCUAGGUCCCACUUUACCAGGGUCGCAUUCCGUUUUUGAAAUCCACCGGGGAACGGCUCCACUGGGCCAAAAAAUCAAAGAAUGUGGGGAAAUCAAAUUUUUGUUGAAUUCUAAGUUGAAGAAACGAAAACUUUCUUACCUGGCAGGGGCCCCAAAAACACGUCUACAUUUGGGUUUCGCAGUCCCGGUAUUCAAGAAGCAUCAAAGCCGGGUGAUUCUCGUCUUUCGGCUCGCAAUUUUGUCGACUUUCAAGGAAACUGGACCAUUUCCCGUCCAUUUUGCACGCAUGCGCGCGCGCGCGUUCGUUACGUAUCGAGUAGGUAAUCCCGGCAAAUCG